UUCAGACCUUCCCAGACACCCCAAGUCAGCUGACACAGAAAUUGAGGGGUGUAUACAGGAAAUAUGGCGAACCGGCAGUCAGUUUUAUAAGGAGUGAUUUGUCAAUAGUCUGCAGUUUUUGCGUUUUCAAUUUUGUCUUUUCUUUGACUUGGCGGUAGAUAUAGAGGUAGUGAGUGCGCCUUUGCAUUUGUAGUACUGUUUGCAAUAGAAAAGAUGGAGUAUAUUACAACCCCUAAGGUAGAACAGGUCAAAUUACAAGAUCGGUAUGUCACUAAGAAACAGGCUAUUGGAACUCUCUAUCUCACUGCCACACAUCUCAUUUAUGUGGAAGCCUGUGAAGUGCGCAAAGAAAUAUGGGUGAGUCACCAUCAUAUGUAUGUAUUGCAAUCUUUCCUGUUAAACUUAACGCAUUGUCCUGUGGUGAUUAGGAUGCAAAAUAGGGCAUAAAUAUUUACAACUUGAAGGAAGAAAGAUAAGCACAGAGUGUACAGUCCAGUUUUAAAACUAAGUGAGGCUUUAAAGUGUGAAGAACUGUAUGCAUUCUCGUAUAAUCCACAACCUAAUAAGGAAGAUAAAAGCGCUGGAUGGAAUAUGAUUGAUCUUAAAAUGGACCUUGAACGUAUGGGUGUUCCUAAUGAUUUCUGGGAAAUAACAGAUUUGAACAAGGAUUAUGAGGUGUGUAACACGUAUCCUCGGCGGCUUGUAGUGCCCAGAACAGCUAGUAAGCCUACCAUUGUUGGAAGUUCCAAGUUUAGAAGCAGAGGACGUUUUCCUGUUCUUUCGUAUUACUUCAAGGAAACUGGUGCAGCUAUAUGUCGGUGCAGUCAACCUUUGUCUGGAUUCAGCGCUCGCUGUGUGGAGGAUGAGCAAAUGCUGCAAGCAAUAAGCAAAGCCACCCCAGGGAGUUCAUUUAUGUAUGUGGUAGAUACAAGACCGAAGCUAAAUGCCAUGGCAAACCGAGCUGCUGGGAAAGGAUAUGAAAAUGAAGACAAUUAUGUCAACAUUCGAUUCCAGUUUGUUGGGAUUGAGAACAUCCAUGUGAUGAGGAGCAGUCUUCAGAAGCUUCUUGAAGUGUGUGAAACAAAAUCUCCUUCGAUGAGUGAUUUCUUAACAGGGCUAGAAAAUUCAGGAUGGCUGAGACACAUUAAAGCAGUAAUGGAUGCUGGCGUCUUUUUGGCAAAGGCUGUUUCAGAAGAAAAAGCUAGCGUUCUGGUCCAUUGUUCAGAUGGAUGGGAUCGAACAGCACAAGUCUGCUCUAUAGCCAGUAUUUUAUUAGAUCCUUUCUACAGGACUGUUAAAGGGCUAAUGGUCCUAAUAGAAAAGGAGUGGAUAUCAAUGGGCCAUAAAUUUAGUCACAGAUGUGGACAUCUGGAAGGAGACCCCAAGGAAAUGUCACCAAUCUUUACUCAGUUUGUGGACUGUGUUUGGCAGCUGAUGGAACAGUUUCCCUGUGUAUUUGAGUUCAGUGAGAAGUUCUUGCUAGAAAUCCAUGACCAUAUCUUUUCCUGUCAGUUUGGAAACUUUAUUGGUAACUGUCAAAAAGAACGAGAGGAAAUUAAUGUCACUGAGAAAACAUACUCUUUGUGGCCAUUCUUACUGGAAAGGAAAGAGCAGUACUUGAACCCGCUUUACAAAACUACUGGAAAUUCGGGAGUGCUGCAACCUAAUACACUACCAUUCAAUUUCAAAUUGUGGUGUGGUAUGUAUAACCGUUUUGACAAGGGCAUGCAGCCAAAGCAGUCAGUGAUGGAAUGUCUACACAACUUUGUCCUUCAGAAGAAAUUAAUACAAGACGACCUUACACAACUUGACAAUAAGAUGACUACUCAAGAUGCAUCCUUCCCUGACAAAGCCUUUACCUUGUCAAACAACAAGUCUUCUGUUGUGGACCCUUCUGAAAUUAUAGGACAUAGUAUGCCAUUGAACUACAGUAAAGAAAUACAGACUUGUAUGCCUAAUGGAACAGCAGACGGAGUAGAGUGUUCAAAUAUUGCUUCAUGGAGGCAGCAAGAUCCUGUAUCUCCAGGUGAUAUACUCAGCACUGAAGAUCUAGCAGAAGUUUCUGAGUCCAACUGUCUCUUAAGAAAUGGGGAAGCUAAGGCACUUGCUAACAAAGUGGAGUAGACUGCCUUUAUUGCAGUUUGCUGGCAUUAUUGAAGCAAUUUAUUUUUACAGUGCUCCUUGACCUAGUGAGUAACUGGCCCUAAAGGGGUCAGAAUGCUAAUAGGAUUUAAGUCUUGGGGAAAGUUGCAUUCUGGGUUGUGGUGAACAGUAAUCUGCACUUUAUUAUGUUGCUGUUUUAUAUGCUGCAGUUAAUACACUGCCUGUUUUGCAACAUGAAAAGGGAAGUUUUCUUUGCAAGGAGUGGGCAUUUGGUAAUCCGUACAUAGGUGGUACUUAGUGGCUGACUGAGUGGAUUGAAUUGACUAUGUGAUGGCUAGACAGGAUGGCUUAGAAAGGACAGCACUUGAAAUUGAAGCAAAUAGUGUUGCACACAAAAAACACUCUGUGUACAGUAGCAAAGGAUCAUUUCCAUCGUGCUUUACCUCAUUUCAUGAGGACUUAUAUGACUUGAUUUUUAAAAUUCAUUACUUGGUUGUAUUUAACAUGGAGUCUGUAACCAGUAUCUAGCCAGGUUCCUAACCAAGUGUCUAGUAUAUUCUGCACAAGGUUGAUUAUAAACUGACUUUUAUACAUACACACAAGAAUUAUUGUUUUACUUUUGAUAUAGUCCAGAAAAGUUUGCAUCCCAUCUUCCGUCAUUUAAUUAAGUGCAACACAAUGUUUUUAAUUAAAGUUGUUAUUGUAUUGGUUUAA